GCUGAAGAGCAUGACAGAUGGGCAAUGCAUUUUGAUUCUUUAAGCAGCCACCUUAAUGCUCAUGCACAACACCCCUUAAGUGGAACGUACAAAAAGCAGCCUGAAAGUCUUUGCCUGUCACCUGACCCUAAGGAGCUGACUGCUUUUAUUCACCCUUUUUCACCUGCAGCUUUAGGCAACCUAAUGCCCUUAAAGGUGGGAAAUGCAGAAAAAUCUGCUAAAAACAGUGCUUUGGAACACAGUCAGAAAGUCAGUUUCCUCCGUUCAAUGACAGCUCUCCUGGACCCUGCACAGAUUGAGGAGCGAGACAGGCGGCGGCAGAAACAGUUAGAACAUCAGAAAGCAAUAAUGGCUCAGGUAGAAGAAAAACGGAAGAAGAAACAGCUGGAGGAAGAGCAGAGAAAAUGGGAAGAACAGGAGGAAGAACAGCGCCUAGCACGAGAAAAAGCACAAAUGCAGAAACAGUUUGAAGAAGAUAGGCUAAAACAAAAACAGAAUGAGGAACUCGUGACUCUCAAAACAAAUGAGCUCUAUCAGACAACGCAGAAAGCUCAAGAGUUAGCACAGAGAUUAAAACAAGAACAGCGGAUUCGAGACUUGGCUCAGAAGGGACAUGACAUUUCAAAACUUCAGAAGAAUCUUGGUGGUGGUGAUACAGAAUUUGAAAAUUGUAAUACUGACAUUUCACAUCAGAGUCAGAAUUUUUCUGAUGACAUCAAGAGUCACAUUGAUGAGCAGACUUCUCGGAAAGACACUGCUGUACAGACAGAUUACUUCAAUACUUCAGCAUACACCAAGUCAGCUGAGGACAGAGCUGUGUGUUGCAGAUCACCUGAUAUUUCCAUAGAAUAUGAAGAAUUCUCUAACAGCAAAAAGUACCACAAGGAAACGCAGUCUAUAGAUAAAAACAGAAUUUCAGGAAAAGAGACUGGUGGCAUUUACAGUGAUCUGUAUGAACAAUAUGCAAGAAAAGGAAGACAAAUUAAAUCUUCUGAAAGACUCAGCAAAAGACCUGACUGGAACAUAAACAAUCCUGGGAAAAGAUACAUUCCAGCCUCAGAAAGAUACCCUAAACAGCUGCAAAUACAAAGGGAAGAAAACAGAGUAAGGCGACAAAUAAAGCUGCUUCAACUGGUAGAAAGGAAUACCCCUGGGAAUCUCUGCCCCAAAAAGGGUAGUUAUUCAGACAGGUCUCCUUCUCCUCACGAAGAAAUAAACAUGAGGAAUAGAGGACACAGAGUAAGAAAGGAGGAACAAUUACACAAGAAUUAUCUGAAUGUAGAAAGAUGUGCAUCGCCACCAGUUCCAGCAGUUAGGAACAGAUUACAACAAAAACAGAUAAAUGCAUCUAAUUUCCUGCUGCAGAACAACAGUAGUAGAAGAGAGAAAAACACCAAGAGAGGUGCCCAGCAGAGGAGCUCCCCUCCCCCGGUGGCAGAGGCUGGAAGGCCUCCCUCUGCACAGUUUGUGCCCUACAUCCGAACAAGUGAAGUGUAUUGUCUGCACGCGGCCAGGCCGUCAGCAGAGGGCCCACAGCACGGACAGCCUGACGAUUCUUACCAAACACCACGACAGAUUUUUAGCUCCGAUCACAUUAGAGCUCCUCUUCUAAAUCCUGAUGUCGUUAAAAGCAGAGAGAGACAACAAGCAGUUCUCAAAGGCUUGUCAGAAUUACGUCAGGGCCUCCUGCAGAAGCAGAAGGAGUUGGAGGCUGCUCUGAUUCCCACUAUACCUCAAGAAGACAACUUUAUUUUGCCAUUUUGA